CCAAAUACUUGGACAUUAUCGUGGAUAAAUAAGUUGAGUACAAUACCCUUCUUAUUCGCCAUUACAGAAUUCUUCUUGCAACUUGCAAUAUUCAUUCAUCAUCAAAUCAUCAGCUAUGUCUAUGAAGCUCGAAAAUGGCUUCCAUACUGAAACCAUGCCAAAGGCUACAACGAUUAAGCCAAUAGCCAAUGGCGUAGCAGCUGCUGACAAGCUUCGUAGCCAAUCAAGAAGCAUCGAUAAUAAUGGUGCCGCCGCACCCUCACCGGUCAUUAUCCCACCACCGACCACCACCCCAUCGACGCUGGGCCACUACCUAGCCCGUCGCCUAGUCCAAAUCGGUAUCUCCGAUAUCUUCUCCGUUCCGGGAGACUCUAAUCUUGUGCUAUUCGAUUACUUUGUGGCAGAAAGAGGGCUGAACCUUGUGGGAUGUUGCAACGAGCUCAAUGCUGGCUAUGCAGCGGAUGGCUAUGCCAGACGCCGCGGUGUUGGAGCAUGUGCUGUGACCUUCACCGUUGGUAGUCUCAGCCUCAUCAACGCCAUUGCUGGUGCUUACUCUGAAGAUCUUCCUGUGAUUUGUAUCGUGGGUGGACCAAACUCUAAUGAUUAUGGGAGUAAGAAGAUUCUCCACCAUACCAUUGGAUUGCCAGAUUUUAGUCAAGAACUUCGAUGCUUUCAAAAUGUCACAUGUUAUCAGGCCAUUAUUGACAAUUUGGAAGAUGCACAAUGGCAAAUAGAUAGAGCAAUCUCCAAAUGUUUGGAAGAAAGAAAACCAGUUUACAUUAGCAUUUGUUGCAAUUUGGUGGCCAUUCCUCAUCCUUCUUUCUCUGCUCAACAACUCAUCCCACUCUCCCUCUCUCCCAAGAAAAGUAACCAAAUGGCUUUGGAGGUGGCGGUAGAAAAGGCAGCUCAACUGCUAAACAGUGCCAUAAAACCAGUCAUGAUUGGAGGCAAGAAGCUGCGACCUGCCAAAGCACAAGAAGCAUUCAUGGAGCUAGCUGAUGCUUGUCGUUACGCUGUCGCCGUCACGCCGUCAGCAAAAGGUAUGUUUCCAGAGUAUCAUCCUCAUUUCAUAGGAACUUAUUGGGGAACAGUCAGCACUGCCUAUUGUGGCGAGACAGUGGAAAUAGCUGACGCUUCGAUCUUUGCCGGAGCAACUUUAGACGAAUUAGAAACUGUUGCCUUCUCACUUACCUACAAAAAGAACAAAGCCAUUAUUGUAGAAGCAGAUCGCGUUGUGUUUCCAAAUGGGCCGAGUUUUGGACCGAUUUUAAUGAAGGAUUUCCUUUCGGCUAUAGCUAAACGAUUGAAUCCCAAUCCAACGGCUUAUGAGAAUUAUCGUCGGAUUUACAUAGCAGAGUCGGGUCCACUCCAAUCGAAUCCGGGUGAGGCUUUACGAGUCAACGUUCUUUUCAAACAUAUUCAGAAAAUGUUGUCGAGUAAUAUAGUUGUGAUAUCUGAGACGGGUGACUCUUGGUUCCAAUGUCAAAAACUUAAACUACCGAAAUCAUGCGGGUAUGAGAUACAAUUGCUUUAUGCAUCCAUAGGAUGGUCCUUGGGUGCAACUCUAGGAUACGCACAGGCUGCACCAGAAAAGCGAAUGGUCCUUUGCAUUGGUGAUGGGAGUUUUCAGAUGACUCCACAAGAUGUAUCUACAAUGAUAACAUUGAAGCAAAAUAACAUAAUAUUUUUGAUAAAUAAUGGCGGAUACACUAUUGAAGUAGAAAUUCAUGACGGUCCUUACAAUGUUAUCAAGAAUUGGGAUUACACUGCCAUUGUCAAUGCUAUGCACAAUCGUGAUGGCAAUUGUUGGACCACCAAGGAUCUUGAAAGUCAACUUUAAAUACUAUCAAUCCCAGAACGUCAUUGUUGAAAACAAUGUUCAAAGUAUAAACAAAAGUAGAAACAUAUGUCGAGCGAAAAAGAUCGACGACCUGGGAGGGUGGACGAAAGAAUUCAAGAAAGGGUUGCUGAACCAAAGACAUGGGAUUGAGAAAGAGAAAAAGAGAUUUUGGGGGUGGCUAAGUGAAGAAGACGAAGAAGAUGAGAUUAGGGGUUUUUUAAUCUUAUUUUAAUAAAUAAUAAUAAUGACAAUGAUGACGACGGCGACGACGAUGAUGAUA